AUGCCAGCUUACGACAACGAAGGAGCCACGAUAUCCAUGGAGGACGUCCGGGAUAUCGACCGUCCGAUCACCAUCAGCACCAUAGAAGAAGAGCUAAUAGCCAGAAGAAACAGAAUGUUCAAAACUCAAAAGUCCACAGUUGCUUCUAGGAGGCAGCAAGCGGUGUGUGUCAGACGAGCGCACAAAAGAUAUGGAACAGCUAAAAACCCGAACGUUAUUUUGGAUGGUCUGAAUAUGACUGUUGCUAAAGGAUCUAUAUAUGGCCUUUUGGGUGCUUCUGGCUGCGGCAAGACCACACUGCUGUCGUGUAUAGUCGGCAGACGAAGACUGAAUUCUGGUGAGAUCUGGGUACUGGGUGGAAAGCCCGGAAGCCCUGGCAGUGGAGUUCCUGGGCCUAGAAUAGGAUAUAUGCCACAGGAAGUCGCGCUCUUCGGCGAAUUCUCGAUCAGAGAAACACUAAUAUAUUUCGGUUGGAUCGCGAACAUGUCCACUCCACAAGUAGAAGAACGAAUAGACUUCCUCAUCAAGUUAUUGCAGUUACCUAAUCCUACAAGACAAGUCAAAAAUUUAUCCGGUGGACAACAAAGAAGGACUUCUUUAGCCGCUGCCCUUAUUCACGAUCCUGAGCUGCUUAUCCUGGAUGAGCCUACAGUUGGAGUGGAUCCUGUGCUCAGACAAAGCAUCUGGGAUCAUCUCGUGGAUAUAACAAAGGAAGGUCGGACAACAGUGAUCAUAACUACUCAUUACAUCGACGAAACAAAACAAGCUAACAUGAUUGGCCUUAUGCGAGGCGGUAGAUUUUUGGCUGAAGAGUCUCCAAGCGAGUUGAUCAGCCGCUACAACGCCGAAAGCCUUGAAGAAGUGUUCCUGAAGCUGUCAGUGCUACAGAAUCUAGGCAAGCGCCGAAGAUCUAGCAUUCUCGCUGAUGUCGUGGAAAAAGUUGAGCUUCCCACUAUGCCUGAUCCAUCAGCCAUAGAUUUGGAGGAAGCAGAAGUAGGAGAGAUUUCCGGAGAGUUCGGUGACAACGUCUCGAUGAGCAGUAAAGGAAGGGUUGUAGUGGCACCGGACCUGCCUAUUCCAGUAGAAGCUAUACCUCCUGAAGAGAAACCGAAGAGAACAAAAAUGGAAAUGAUCAUGCCAAUGAAAUGGCAUCACAUGAAAGCUCUAAUAUGGAAGAACUUCUGGAGUCUAUUUAGGAACUUUGGUGUAUUAGCGUUCAUAAUGGGCUUACCGAUAUCGCAAAUGGUCUUAUUCUGCCUCGCUAUCGGUCAUUAUCCUGUUGGUCUUCCCAUAGCGGUUGUGAAUUACGAGUCUCACAGCAGCGAUCCGUUGUGUUAUUAUGACCAGAAGAAAUGCCCUCAAGACCGCAGCACGUACGAUUGGCAUUUGACGAACUUUAGCUGCCGUUAUUUGGACUUCCUAUCGAAGCGGCAGAGCAAUCUGAUCCUGUACCCCAACACUGAAGAAGCCAUGUCGGAAGCAGCCCACGGCAAAGCCAGGGUUGUCCUGGUGUUCCCUGCCAAUUUCUCAACUUGUCUUCAAGAAAGAAUCACGAAUCCACGUCGCACAGAUGACUACACUAUUAUGAAUUCCGAUGUAGAGAUCCACAUGGAUAAUACAGAUAAACAAGUCGAAUGGAUGUUGAGUCGCGAUCUGCAGCUUGCGUUCAUGGACGCUACACAGGAGCUGGCGAAGAUCUGUCAGCUACCCUCGAGAAUGAUGUCCAUUCCGGUGCACUUCAAUGAGCCUAUCUAUGGUCUAGAUGAGGCCAACUUCACCGAUUUUGCUGGACCGGGAGUAAUAUUAACUAUCAUAUUUUUCUUGGCGGUGGCUUUGACUUCAGGGUCUAUGCUGGCUGAAAGAAAUGAAGGCAUCCUUGAAAGGACUCUAGUUUCAGGAAUCACUGGUACAGAGAUUCUGUUCUCACACGUCACGGUACAAAUGCUGGUGAUGAUAGCCCAGUCGGUCAUUGUCUUGGUCAUCGGCUUCGUGUUCUUUGGACUCACGAUGAGAGGUCCUAUUGGAUGGGUCACAUUCCUCACACUGAUCACUGGAUUGUGUGGAAUGACUUUUGGUUUCGUCGUGUCCUGUGUUUGUGACACCGACAGAACAGCUACUUACCUGGCCCUUGGCUCGUUCCUGCCGAUGGUGUUACUUUGCGGCAUCAUAUGGCCCGUUGAAGGUAUGCACCUGAUUCUACAGUGGAUCAGCUACAUUCUUCCGCUUACGAAAUCUACAGAGUCUCUCAGAUCUAUGCUACAGAGAGGUUGGACUAUCAAUGUACCCACUGUCUACUCCGGGUUCAUAUCGACGGGUAUUUGGAUAGCAAUUUAUUUGACCACAAGUAUUUUACUACUUAAAUUUAAGAAAGGCUAAUCUGAGGUCUGAACAUACCUUAUAUUCAGUGUUAAUAUUAUUACGGAAGGCGGUCAUGUUUCUAAUUAGACCUGUGGAAUAAAUUUGAAACCUAUUUUUAAUUGUUAUAAGUUCGAUUUUGAAUUGUUGUAAUAGAUUUCUAGGGUGUUGUAUGAAAAUGUCUGUUUAAUCAGAACCACCUACAUUUUUUGAGAUAAUGUAUAAUGAAAAUUCUAUAACUGGGAUGACAAAAAAUAAGUUAAUCAAAAUUACUUUUCAAAUUGAUAAAACUUAAAGGCUUCGUCAAACAGAAUGCGUACUUAGCGCUGCGUUUUAACGUCGCGCUCUUUUCAUGAUGUCGAGUG